GUCUCCGCUAUUGGAAAAUGUAUUGGAAACCCUGAAGACAGCACAUAGCCUAUUAAAAUCUGAAGUGUUUGUGAUAGAAUUUCAGUUUAUGCCAUUCUGAUUACUACAGUAAUGACUUAGGUAGAAUAGUGUUUAGGUAGAAUAGGGACAUUUUUCUUUUGAUUACCACAUUACAUUUAUUUAAAAAUCACCCAUAAUUAUAUACACAAAACUAUAAAUAUAGCUGUCAUUUACAGCUGUCGACAGAAAAGGCGAGGCAGAGCUGAACUCAAACACAUCUGAACAAACCCAUUUCACCGGUUUCAUUACAAUAUUAAUGUAAAAUAAAAGUGUAGACAAGAGUAUGUGUUCUGUUCAUCGGGUUUAUGUGAAUGAGAACCUUUUCUCAGGCUCUCUUUAAAAGCUGUUGUCAUUAGAGUUGCAAACUUACUGUGAAUGUCAGUCAAUAAUACUUUGAAGUCAUGAAGUCAUAAUUUUUAGAAUCUUUUAAAUUGUUUUGAAAAACUAAGGCAUAAUUCGAUAAACUUUCAUUAUAAAGACUUGAUACAUUUUCUGCUUCUGCAAAUUAAUACCUGCCUUCAUUUGUAUUAAGUUGCACAUCAAAUCACUAUUCUCGAACGCAUCUGCAUAGAUACUGCAAUGCAGUUUGCACCACACCGUAUUUCAUAAUCAUUCGUACAAAUGUGCAAUACAAUCAUGUUAUUUUGCUCAUCUGGAAUUGUAUGACAUGGGGCUCCUCUAGUAUCAAUAAUUUUAAUAUUAGAAGUCUACCACAUAAAGCACACUUAAUACUACAUAAAUAUCUUAAAAUUCUCAUCCACAGGCAUUUUCCCCCUUAUCCUGUCUCUCCCUCGUAAGUACUAUCUGAUUCAGCAGGAAAAAACAUGGAGUGAAGCACUGGCCUACUGUCAAGCCAACUACACCGAUCUGGCUACCAUCGAAAGCAAUGAUGAUAUGCUCCAACUUCAAAAUGUGGCUCAGAGCGAGCAAUUUAGUUCCAGUGCUUGGAUCGGACUGUACAAUGACAUCAACAGCUGGCGCUGGUCCUUUGAAAAUACGUCACUAGGACCUAUGACAAAGUGGAAUUCUAAACAGCCUGACAACCAUAAUGGAAAUGAAGAAUGUGCCAUAACAAAUAAAGGGAUUUGGUCAGAUAUGCCAUGUGUAGAGCCAAAUCCAUUUAUAUGCUUUGAUGACGAGAAAAUUGGUACUGACAGGUACAUUUAUAUCUCGGAUAAGAUGACGUGGCAUGCUGCCCAAAGUUACUGCAGGCAGCAGUACACAGACCUGGCCAGUGUGAGAGAUGUAGAAGAAGCUGGAAUUAUACAGAGCACAAUCGACAGUGGGAAUUUUUGGUUCGGCCUGUUCAGAGACUCCUGGAAGUGGACAGACCAGACCAAUGCGUCCAGCAUUAAGUGGAAAGAUGGACAACCUGAUAAUAAAGAUCAAAAUGAAAACUGUGGUUAUUUACUUAAAGAUCAGGCAGAGGAUGAAGUAUGUUCAGUCAAAAAGUUCUUCUUCUGUCAUUCAGUAAUUACAGGACAAAAGCAAUUAAUCAGAGUGAAAGUCGGGUCUACGCAGGAUGUGAAUGAUCCUGAGGUAAAGGCAGCCAUCUUGGAGAAGAUCAAGGAGAAGCUGAAGGAGCAUGGGAUGACAGAUAACACCAUGGUGAUGUGGAGAAAGCAACCAGAUGGAGAGGUGUUUUACAAGGAGAAAGAAAAGAAUGUUACAGUAGAAAAUAACACCCAGGACACAGGUGAACUCUAAGUUGUUAGCUGUGUCACAAAGUGAAGUUUAGUAUCAUAUUCUUGCUGGGAAACACUAACAGGACUGAGAGAAAGAUCUUCAACUGACUUGAAAAUGUUAUGCAGUUUCCUGAUGCUGUUUUAAAGAACCCACACAUUUACAAACACUACACUGUUACAUGGUUCUGUUAGUUCACUAUGUAUAGUUAAACUUGACCUUUAAUAAAUGCAUUGCUAGACUAAGAAUAAUGUUUGAAGUAGAGCUACAUUAUAGAUGAACCCAAAUUUACAGUGCAUCUCAGAAGCAAAAAUGUCCAUCAGUGUCCCUUUAAUAAUGACUCGAAGACAAGGUAGAAGUGCUCCUUGGAGUAACUGUUAUUCAACAGACAACAAUAAAUGAACAGAGAGAUGAAACGUCAAAUGUUUUAAAGAGGUGCGUAUGUGUGUAUGUGUCUUUGUGUUUUCUCUAAUAUUAGCCUACCAUCGAUAAUAAUGUAAGACACUUUAGCUAGCUAAUUUUUUAAU